AUGAUACCAUCUGAUGAUUCUCGAUCUACCAUCGUUAAUAUGAAUGAACGUGGAGCUGGAGGAAUUUUUAAUGAAGAGUCACAUGAAAUGAGGCAAACAUCACAGACACAUUUUACAAGUAAUACACAAUUAAUUGGUAAAAUGAGAGGUUUAUCAACAUUUUCGGGAGUUUUUGCUCCUGUUGCUGUUUCAAUGUUUAGUGCAUUAUUAUUUUUACGUAUGGGAUUUUGUGUUGGACAGUUGGGAUUUUUUUAUACAUGUAUAGAGUUAAUUGUUGCAUAUAGUAUCAUUUUACUAACAGUUUUAUCAUUAUGUGCUGUCUCAUCAAAUGGUGCUAUUGAAGGUGGUGGAGUUUAUUAUAUGAUUAGUCGAUCAUUAGGACCUGAAUUUGGUGGUAGCAUAGGAAUAUUAUUUUUUGUCGCAAAUGUAUUUUCAUGUGCGUUGUAUAUUGCUGGAUUUACAGAAGUAUUAAUUAAUAAUAUUGAACCUCUUCAAGGUACAAGUCACAAAUUUUUAUUUUGCGUUCUUGUCAGUUUUAUAAUAUUUUUAUUAUGCUUAGCUGGAUCAAAAAUUUUUGCUAAUUCAGCAAUGUUAGCAUUAUUUAUAACAGCAUGUAGUUAUAUAACAUUUGUUGUUUCAUUAUUUUGGUAUAGAGAUGUUGAAGUAAAAAUACCUAAAGAAAAUACAUAUGCUUAUAUGAUUCCAUCAAAUGUAUCUGAUCCUGAUAGUGAAAAAAUUGUUUCAUACAAUCAAACAUUAACAGCACUUUUUACAUCAUUCAAUUUUCAUACAUUAAAAGAUAAUUUAUAUACAAAUUUUACCUAUGAUUAUACAACAGGAAAACAGACAGAUUUAGCUUUUAUGUUUUCUAUAAUAUUUUCUGGUGUUACAGGAUUAAUGUCAGGAGCCAACAUGUCUGGAGAACUUGCUCGACCAUCUGUAUCUAUACCUAGAGGUACAUUACAAGCUGUUUUUACAACAUUAUGCAUGUAUAUAUUAACAUCAUUUUUAUUGUCUUCAACAUGUACAAGAAAUUUAUUACAAAAUAAUUAUUUGGUUGCCGUUGAUGUUUCUAUUGUACCUUCAUUUAUUGUAAUGGGAAUAUUUUGUACAACAUUUUUUAGUUCAAUGAGUAAUUUAAUUGGUGCUUCACGAGUUUUAAAUAGAUUAGCACAUGAUAAACUUUUUGGAUUUAUACUUAGACCAGCAACAAUUGAAAUGACAUCUGGUAAUCCAGUUAUUUCUGUUACAUUAUCAUGGAUUUGUGUUAUGCUUGUUUUUACUGUUGGAGCAAUGAAUAAAAUUGCCCGUCUAACAUCUAUUUUUUUUUUAUUAUCAUAUAUGGGUGUUAAUGUUGCAUGUUUAGCAUUAGAUUUAACUAGUGCACCAAAUUUUAGACCAACAUUUAAAUUUUUUUCAUGGCAUACAUGUGCUCUUGGUGUUUUAUCAUCUGGAACAAUGAUGCUUGUUGUUGAUGCUGCAAUGAGUGCUUUGGCAGUUGUUAUGUUAAUGCUCCUUAUUAUGAUUCUUCAUUAUCAAGCACCAAUGGGUUCAUGGGGAUCAAUUUCACAGGCAUUAAUAUAUCAUCAAGUAAGAAAAUAUCUUUUAUUAUUAGAUAUAAGAAAAGAACAUGUAAAAUUUUGGAGACCACAAAUAUUACUUCUUUCUAGUAGACCAGGUUCAAUGUUUUCUUUAAUGGAUUUUGUUAAUGAUUUAAAAAAAAGUGGUUUGUAUGUUAUAGGUCAUGUUAAAUACGGAUCAUUAGAAAAAGAAACUGGUGAUAGAGAAACAAUAGAUCCACUUCAACAAGUUUAUCCAUAUUGGUUAUCUUUAAUAGAUUAUUUAAAAUUAAAAGCAUUUGUUGAAAUAACAUUAUCAAAAUCUGUUAGAUUUGGUGUAGAACAAUUGAUACGUCUUUCUGGUUUAGGUGCAAUGAAACCAAAUACUGUUGUUAUUGGUUUUCAUGAAAAAGAACCAAAUGAAUUAAUAUUACAAGAAAAUCAAUUAUUACGUGAACUUAAAUUUUCAAAAAUUGAUCGUGCUGAGGUAGUUGAGUACUUUACAACAUCACAAGAUGCAACAAAAAAUACACGACUUGAAACAAGUGAGUACAUUUCUAUUCUACGUGAUAUUAUUAGUUUAAAUAAGAAUAUUUGCAUUGCAAGGUAUUUUAAUCGUUUUGAUAGAGAAGUUUCACUAAGAAGUUCAUUUAAAAAAUAUAUAGAUGUUUGGCCUUCACAUUUAUUUAAACCGGAUGAAACUAAUAUGCGAUGGGAUAAUAGUUCACUUUUUGUUUUACAACUAGCUUGUAUACUCUCAAUGAGUUCCAAGUGGAAGUCAACCAAAGUAAGAGUUUUUAUCUGUUCAAAUAGUCUUCAAGACAUGCAAUAUCAAGAAAACCAGCUUAAACUUUUACUUGAACAAUUAAGAAUUAAAGCAAAGUCAAUAGUAGUACCGUGGGAUCAUGUAUUGUCCCAAAUAUCAUCAAGUCACGAUGAAUUAAAAAAUAUAUCAUGUUUUCCAAGUAAUUAUGUUAGUGCUAUAAAUGAAAUGAUACAAAGAAAUUCUUCUGAUACUGCAGUUUGUUUUCUAAAUCUUCCUCAAAUACCAGAAAAUUCACGUGAUGAUGUGGCAUAUCUUGAUGCAAUAACUGCACUUACAAAAGAUUUACCACCAGUUCUUUUGGUACAUGGAAUGUCAUCUGUCAUAUCAACAGCUCUUUAA